CGGGCUUGGCGUGGAGUGAUAUCUUUCUUGGAGAGGAUGGAGGAGACGAUGGUGUUGUCAGUGCGGAUGGUGAAGUAUUGCCCGUCGAGGUACGGGCACCAGACUGUGAGGGCGUGGAUCACGGCGAGGAGUUCCUUCUCGUUGGAGGGGUAAUUCAUCUCCGCGGGAAGGAGCUUCUUGCUUGCGAAGGCGAUAGGGUAUUCGCCUGGUGGAGCCUCGAGGUGAGUGGRCGAGUCCUUGAUGGAGGGGGUCUCGGCGGUGUCGCGGGGGAAAUGUUGGGACAGUACGGCUCCGAUGGCGAAGUCGGAGGCGUCAGUGUCGAAAGUUUGUUGGCGGCGAUCGUUCCAAUGGAAAGGCUCGUCCUUGCGGGUGAGUUCGUGGAGAGGGUAAGAGAUCUCGAAAAAGUUGCGAAUGAAUGGGCGGUAAUAGUUGGCAAGGCCAAGGAAGGAACGGAGUUGGAGGAGGGUCUUGGGUGGGGGGUACUCGACGAGGGCUGUGACCUUCGAGGGGUCCAUAUGGAUGCCUUUAGCGGAGACAAUAUGGCCGAGGUAUUCGACGUUCGAAGCGGCAAACGUACAUUUGCUGAGCUUGGCGAAGAAUUUUUGCUCUCGGAGGAUCGCGAGGACUUGGCGAAGGUGCUGAAGGUGGGACUCGAAGGUGGGGCUGAAGACAAGGAUGUCAUCAAGGUAGACAACUACACAGACUUCGAGGAGGUUGCGGAAGAUGUGGUUCAUGGUGGAUUGGAAGGUAGCGGGGGCAUUGGUGAGUCCGAAUGGCAUCACGAGGAACUCGUAGUGCCCGAACCGAGAGCGGAAGGUGGUCUUGUGAGGGUCCUCGCGGAUACGGAUCUGGUCGAAGCCACUACGAAGGUCGAUCUUGGUAAAGUACUUGGCUCCACGGAGACGAUCAAGGAGCUCGGAAAUCCGAGGCAGGGGGUACUUGUUCUUGAUCGUGAUCCGGUUCAAGGCGGGGUAGUCUGUGCACAUGCGGAGUUCCGAAGUUCCACCUUUCUUGACGAAAAGGCAGCUGGUUCCGAAGGGGGAUGAACUUGGCUUAAUGAACCCUUUUUCAAGGA